GCAGCGCGCAGUUGGAACAACGGCAAAACGCUCAAAACCAAAAACCACUUGGAGUACAAUCCAAACAGCUUAACGCGAAGCAAAAGCAAACAGCAGACGACGACGAGGAGUAGCGGUGGCAAAACAUUUUCGAACAUCGUAGCUGGUAGUAACGGCAAACGCCAGCGCACCGAGUUGACGCGAUUGUUAAACGCGCGAGUGUACGCAACUUCAGUACUAUUUGGCAUUCGCUUGCGUUGAGUUCGUUUCUUCGUUUCUGUGGUGACGUUGCGCUCUAGAGUGUGUGUAAAGAAACAAAUAAAUAUUGUAAAGUUUGAAGAAAAAAAGUAGAAAAUACGCACAGAACGCCGCGUGUUGCGUACAAACGAAUUUAUUUUUAUUUUUUAAUAAAAAAAAAUUAAAUAAAAAUAUUUCUAAAAAAGAGUGUGCAAAGUGCGCGUUGAGGCAAAUGGAAAUUCACUGAAAAUACUGCAACUUAUUGCCAAAGCACACAAAAAACACGAAAAGUGUGUCGCCGCCCCGACUUUUGACAAUUUUCGUGCGCUGUCAAAACGCUUAUUGGCAUUUGUACGCGUGUGCGUGUGUGUUAACGAGCGAAUAACCAGCAGCCAGCAAGUUUUGGCAAGUGUGUCAGCCGGAAAAUAUCCAGAUAUCGCAGGUGCACGUGCAAUAAAUGCAUAUUUCCUUGCUACUAUCCAAAACGCAGCUGUAAAUUAACAAAAUUACUUUUGUAAUCCCAAAUUGGUUUAAUUUGCCGGCAAACAGCUUUUCGAGUCAUAAAAACCGAUAACACAACCAGCAACAAAAGUAAAAAACUUGCAGUAAAAAUUACUAGUGUGAAAAGUGUUCAAAAAGUAGCAACGCAACAACAACAAAAGUGAUUGAAAGCUGACGGCAGCUGACAGCAAAGUGUUGCUGCUAAACUCAAAUUACUAAAUAAUAAAUAAAGCAAAUUUUUUUACAACACAAAUAAGUAAAUGCGGUGAAUUAGAACACACGCGCUGCGAAAUUAAUUGGAAGUAAAAAUUUACUAUAACAAACAACAAACAACAACAAAUUGCAGUUUUCCUGUUUGUAAAAAGUGUAAACGACACACAUUUUUUGGCAAAUUUUUGUGUUGUGCGCUUAUUUUUGACGAUAUUUGAAAAAAGUGAAGCCGGUCAGUGCGGCUAAAAAUAAAUCAGCACACACGCACUCAAAUAUAUAAGUAGACACUACAGCAUACACGCUAAACGUGCGCAGCGAAGUUAAAGGGACGCAGCAACAAGUUUACAAUUAUGGGGCAACACAAGCAACAGCAACAGCAACAACAGCGGUGGCGCGUAUGCGGUUUGCAUGCGUUUGCAGUUUUAUACCUCUGCUGUGCAUUAAUAGAUCUCACACUAGCUGAAAUCGAACCAAAAUUGGAGAUUUUCCCCAUGCAAGGUGUGCAACGCAAACCAGUUGGCAAAUCAUUGAUUUUAACCUGCAAACCCAUAGUGCCCGAUCCGAAUUUGGUAUCCGAUCUGCAAUGGAAGGACAAUUUGAACAAUACCAUACUGCCGAAACCGAACAAAUACUAUUAUCCACUGUAUGAUUCCAAAGGACGUAGAUUACCCGCUGUCACUGGCCGCAAUCAGCCACCGAUGUAUACGGAAACUUUGUCGGAAAGUUUGGCGCUGAUGAUCACCUCGCUGUCGGUCGAAAUGGAAGGCAAAUAUUAUUGCACCGCCUCCUAUGCAAAUACGGAAUUAAUGAAUACGAGCGUUAUAAUUAAAACUUAUGUCGCCAUAACAUGGACAAAUGCUCCGGAGAAUCAAUACCCCAUACUCGGUGAGGACUACACUGUCAAGUGUGAAGUGAAGGCCGAUCCCAAUCCAACCAUAGACUGGCUGCGCAACGGUGAUCCGAUUCGUACCGGUGAUAAAUACGUAGUAGAAGCGCACGGUUUGCUCAUACGCAAUGUACAAGAAUCCGAUGAUGGUAUUUACACUUGCCGUGCGGCUGUAAUUGAAACUGGUGAACUGCUUGAACGCACCAUACGCGUGGAAGUCUACAUACGUCCAGUUAUUACGCACUUACCAACCACACUCGAGGCCGUUGAAGGUAAACCUUUUGCCGCGAAUUGUACCGCCACAGGCAAACCAGUACCAGAGAUUUCUUGGAUAAAGGACGCCGCUCAACAGAAUGUCGCCACCGCCGAUCGCUUCCAAGUGAACCCACAAACUGGCCUACUCACCAUUAAUUCAGUUUCACAAGACGAUUAUGGCACCUACACUUGCAUAGCCAAGAACGAUGCCGGCGUGGUAGAUAAGAAAACCAAAUUGAAUGUACUGGUGCGUCCACAGAUUUACGAGUUCUACAAUGUAACUGGCGUGAGUAAGAAGGAAAUUGCUAUCACUUGCCGUUCGAAGGGACGUCCCGCACCCGCUGUCACCUUCAGACGCUGGGGAACUGAGGAAGAAUACGCACCAGGUUUGCAAGCCGAUGAUGAACGCAUCUCUUUGGAGCAACAUUUUGAUGAGGAGCGCGGUGAAAGCACGGGAACGCUACGCAUUACAAGUACCACACGUAACGACGAUGGACUUUACCAAUGUAUUGCGCGCAAUAAGGGCGACACCGCUUACAAAACCGGACACAUAACUGUUGAAUUUGCACCAGACUUUUCGCACAUGAAAGAUCUGCCACCGGUCUUUAGCUGGGAAGAACGUAAAGCCAAUCUCAGUUGUCUAGCGCAAGGCAUACCAAAUGCAACAAUCGAAUGGCGCUGGAAUGGACGCCCACUUAAGGAGGCUUUCGAUAAGAAUCUUGUCAUUGUCGGUACCGGUCCACGUAGCGAUUUGAUUGUGCAUCCUGUAGCACGCCAAUACUAUUCCGUCUACAAAUGCAUUGCCACUAAUGUACAUGGUAGCGCCGAGCAUGAUAUGCAAUUGAAAGAGGCGCGUGUGCCCGACCUAGUUGCCGCCGCGAUUCCACGUCAACUCACCGCAACAACAAUCACCUUUGAUAUACGCGGACCACCAACGGAACUAGGUUUACCCAUCACCGCCUAUAGCGUACAAUACAAAGAGGCUAUUAACCCAGAUUGGUCGACGGCACUGAAUCGUACCUGGUCACCAGAUUCGCCCUACAUCGUGGAAGGACUGAAGCCACAGACAGCUUAUCAAUUUCGCUUUGCGGCACGCAAUCAAGUCGGUUUGGGCAUGUGGGGCGUAAACCAACAGCAGUCGACACCCAGACGUUCAGCGCCCGAGGAACCCAAGCCACUGCAUUCGCCGGUGCAAAAUGACAAGGAAGAACCCGUUGUAGUGUCGCCGUACUCCGACCACUUUGAGCUGAGAUGGAGCGUGCCAGCUGACAAUGGUGAACCCAUCGAUUUCUAUCAAAUCAAAUACUGCCCAGGCGUAAAAAUGGCCGGCACUUGGCAUGAACUGGAAAACCAAUGCGUCUCGCAGGACGUCGUCGAAACCACAUCGUACGAGAUGUCGCGUCUAAGUGGCAACACCUACUAUCGCAUCGAAUUGCGUGCGCACAAUGUGAUCGGUUUCUCAUCACCAGCAUCGAUUGUUAUGAAGACGACACGAGGCAUCGAUGUCAUACAAGUAGCCGAACGACAAGUGCUCUCCUCCGCCACCAUUGUGGGCAUAGCUGUGGGCGGCGUGUUGCUGCUGCUCUUCAUCAUCGAUCUGCUAUGCUGUGUAACGGUGCGCAUGGGCGUAAUGGCUACCAUGUGCCGACGGGCGAAGCGUUCGCCAUCCGAUAUCGACGAUGAGACCAAAUUGGGCAGUGGGCAGUUGGUUAAGGAGCCUCCACCAUCACCGCUACCAUUACCGCCACCCGUUAAACUCGGUGGAUCACCUAUGACAUCGCCAUUAGACGAAAAGCAGCCUUUGCAGACACCAACUGGUAGCAUGAAGCAAAACUCCACCGUCGAAUUCGAUGGACAAUUCGUGCAUUCGCGCAGCGGCGAAAUACUCGGCAAAAACUCAGCUGUGUGAAUGAAACUGGAAGUAUUCUAAGGACCAAAUGAAAUCACUCAAAACGGAUAAAUUAGCUGGAAACGUUGAAAUCGAGCAUUAACAUUUAUAAAACAAAAAACCGACUAGACAAAUAUGUUGAACAACAAAAUUUGUUCAAGUGUACGUGUUAAAUGUCAAUGCAUAGUGGCGCUGUAACACUGGUGGCGAACAAAAUAAUAACUAUUACUUGAAUGGAUACGAACAAAUAUGACAAACAAAAAUUACAGAACAGUUGUAAACAAUAUUAUGAAAUUAAAAAUAUGCUUCAUUUUAUAAAAACAGAAAAAAAUACAGCUUAUAUAUGUUUCCGCUAAAUAUUAUAAUUACAACAAAUAGACAUUUAUAUGUUAAACAACAGAAGCUUAAAAGCAUACGUAUUAUACAGUAAAUUACAUGCAAAAUAGUAAAAAUCGAUUCCAAGUGCAAAAAGCAACAAAAAUUCCACAAAACAUUAUUUCCUUAAAAAUAGUAUUUUUUAUUAUUUUUAAAAUAUUUUUAAGCUAAUUUCUAAACAUUUUAUGAAACACAAAUAAGCCCAAAAGCUCUACUUGUAUAUUCAUAAUAUUUUAAGUGUCUGCUUUACUUGACCUGCGUAACAGUUAAAUCCAUUCAUUUCUGCCUUAAAAAUAAUAUAAAAAAAUCAUUUAGCAUUAAUAUAUGUUCUGUAAUUGGAAUGUAUUUAAUAACAAAUAUUGAUAAUUAAUAGUAGUUAAGAAUAAUUUGCUGUUAUUAAGUGCUUAUGUAUGCAAAAACAAAGUGUGAACGGCACUCAUAUUUAAACUAAGAUUUAGUAUAUGUUAAACAUUAACAAUUAUUUUAUUUUUAAUUAAAUUCAGUGUAGAAAUUUUAAUUUUUUACUUUCUGAAAGCAUUCAGUUCUUAAAAUAAUGUACUUAAAAAAAUACUGUAAGACUAUUAAAAGCUGUGUGAAAGCGUAAACUCGGGGCUUAAGCCUGCAUACUAUCUGAGAAUUGUAAAUUAAUUCCGGCAUUAUUAAAUGAAAAAUUUAUUUUGAGCAAAAAGUUGCAAAAUAAAGAAAGUAAAGUGCAUACAAUUUCUUUUAGAAAUUAAAAAUAAUUAUUAUUAUGUUUUAUUUCUUUUUCCUUUACUUAAAUUUAUUAAAAAUUUAUUUUGUGAAAAAAUUGUAAAAUAAAUAUAAUUAAUUCAUACAAUUUCUUUUGGUAAUUAAAAAUAAUAAUUAUUUUAAAUUGCUUCAUGAUUUCUCCUAUUGGUAACGUUUAGCAUGAAAAAAAACAAUAAUUACAAAAACAAAAUGAUCUGCAAUUCAUAUGAAAAUCUACUUCGAGUUAUUAUUUAGUUUAUUAAUAAAUUACUUUAUUAAUUUUAAAUUAAUAAUUAUGUAUUAAAUUAAAAAAACGUUUGGUUUAAACAGCACAUUUCGAUUCAAAAAAUAUUUGCAUAAAUUACAUCCACAAAAUUUAUUAUUAUCUUAUCAAAUGAAAACUGAGAACUUAUAAUUAAACGAAAUUCAUUAAGCAAGUUCACCAUUUAUCACUUCAUAACAACCAUUAUCAUGUUUUGCUGAUUUUAUUUUAUUUUAAUCAACAACAUUUAUAAUAAUUGAAUAAAUAGCUUUCUAAAAUAUUAACAUUAUUUUUUACACACUUUUAACGAGGGCACAGAUUCCAUAUUUUAUUAAAUAACUCAUUUAGUCAUUAAAAAAAAGUAUGCGUCAUUAGUUAUAACAACGUAUAGAUAACAAUUGUAUGUCAAAUGUGGCUUAUGUGUAUAGAAAAGAGAGAAAUUAUAUAUAUUUAAUAUAAGGACGGAACAUUAAACAAAGAUUCAUUGCUCAGAAAUUUUCGCCAAAGAUAUGAAAAUGUGAAAAUGAAAAUGCUAAAACAUCAAAGUGUAAACGUAGCUUAAACAAGUUAAGAAAAGUGCUCAAGCAUUAACAAAUACAAAAUUUUUUCGUGUUACAAAUUAAAAACGACUAAUAAAAAAAUUUAAAUUAGCAUGACAGUUGAUAAAAAAAUAUCUUGUGUAAAAAUUAAAAAAAAAACAUGGUUUGGAUAUAACUUCAAUAAACAACCAGCUUAAAUAAAUUACAAUAAAGAGCAUUAUUGACAAAUACUUCAACUUCAUGAUUUUAGUUAAGCAUUUUCUGAAUAUAUGUAUGUAUAUUCUUGCAUCAGCACAUAAAAUAUAUUUAAAUAAGAUAAAAUAAUAUUUGUUUACAAUCAUAAAAACUUAACAUGUAAAUUAAUUAAUAAUUUAGUAUAAAAGCGUAUAAUUGUAUUUGUAUAGUAUUAAUGGCUCAGUUUAAAUCAAAAAGCGUAUUAAUAAAAAUGAGUUUACAACAAAAGUAAAUGUAUUUAGUAGUUUUAAGGCUUUUUUCUAUUACAUUAUACAAUGGAAGUAAAUAAAUAUAAGUAUGUAAUGCAAGUGGAAACAUAAAAACAAAUAAAAGCGUAUGCAUUUAUUACAAAAUAAUAUGUUUUGAAUUUUCUUUUAAUUGCAUUUAAUUAUUCAACACUAAUUUGCACCUUACCCUAUACUCAAGCGCCUUUUACAGAGCUUUUUACAAAAAAUAAAAAGAAAAAAAUAAAAUAAUUAAGCAAAGAUAUGCCCAACUAUAAAUAAAUAAAAAAAAACAUAUUAAUCUUUAAAUUAAUAUAAUGAAAAAUACAUACAUAAAUAUUUACCGAGAAAAAUUUUAGUUCCACAUUAAGCAAAAGAAUUUAAGAAAAUGUCAUAUUUACUUACGUAUACAUAUGCAUAUGUACGUUUUUCCAAGUUGAAUUUGUACAAAAGCGUAUUUUGAAUAUUGAAAUUUAAAAAAAUGUUUUUGCUAAAAACAUGAGUUGUAUAAAUACGAUUUAUGUAUAGAUACAUACUAUAUAUGUAUGUAUGUAUAUGGCUGAUUACCUUAAAUCAAACACAAAGCAUUUUCCGCAACUGCCAAAAAAUUCAAACAAAAAAUUAAAUUAAAUUCAAAAUGUUCUUAUAUAACAUUUAUCUGUAAUUGAGAAAUUAUUGUUGUUGUAUGUAAUCUUUUAUACUAAUCAUAAAAUAUUUACAUACAUACAUACAUACAUGCAUGCAUCAUAAUGAUUAGAUCAUUAAAUCGAAUUGAAAAAAGCGGUACGGUAUAAAUGAAUAAAUGAAAGACUAAAAUUAAAAACAGAA